AUGUCUUUGGCUUCUUCUGAUGAACUUGUUUAUAAUAAAGUAGCCGAUAUCCUGCGACAGAGCGAGGACUUUUAUAAGCUUUCGUCCCAUGUCGAGAAGUUUGAACGAGAAAAAGAUACGUUUGACUUGCACGUUAAAACGGAGCUUGAAAAGCAUGCAGAGAGCUUGCAGAAAGGAAGGCUUUCUCUUCAAGAUUCUCAUCUAAAGCGCCAAAAGUUACUUCGCGAACUAAAUCAUAUGCGAUCCUUAUGCAUGACAGCUCAUGAGAUGGUAGAGCAAUUUCCUCUCAUUAGUGAAGUUUCUCGUAUUUACAAAAAUUGUUAUGCUACUCGCCAAAUGAUUAUACAGCUUCGGAAUCUGAUGCAGGAAACCGACAUCAUUGAAGAUAUGAUUCGAGAGGACCUGGAGCAGGAUCCCACUAUGCCGAAUUUGCUCAAAGCGCACUUUAAACUCUCUAAGCUUCGUACUUUUCGAGAUGAAGCCAUGCACCAAGCUUCAUUAGAAAGUAGAAGCGACGUGUCUACCACCCUGCAAUCGUCUUUUUCAAAUUUGAAUGCUCUUUCUGAGAAGUUUGAUCGAUUGAUAUUUAACUAUUGCAGGAAUUUACUUGAACUUUUAAGGAUUGGGAAUACGAAGACAAUUGUCCGAGUGUUUAAAAUCAUCGAAGCCGAAGAAGCUUCAGACGAAAUGCUAAAGAGCAUUAGAAAUGCUCAAUCUAAUCUUACCGAUGCUAAUGAAGCUCCAUUCGUGAAUCUUCAAGGCAGCUCGCGUCAGCUUCGGAACUUUUGGUCAGAAGCCAAAGAAAUUUUCCAAGUAUCAAUUGCAGAACGGUUUCAUCAAGCUUGGUCAAAUUUCUUAACUCAGCAAGCCGACCUUGAAUUGGAUUGGGUAUUAGACGAUUUGCAAUAUGCAUUCAAAGUUCUUCCAGAGCUUGCUUCUCCAUCCUUCGAUAUUGCCAAAGUGUUUGCUAUUAUCUAUCAGCAAUGUCUCGUAAACCUUGUAAAAGAUGCUGUCUCUUCUGAUACCCCUGCUGCUACCUUUUUGAAUCUAAUCAAUUUUCACAAAGAGUACCGUACAUUUUAUCAAGAACAUGCUCCAUUUUCCAUAGAUGAGCUUCAACCUCCUCUUGAAGAUGGAAGUAAUGGUAUAUUGGUGAAAGAAUAUACCCGGCUCUUUACUCAGAAAAUCCAAGAAUGGUCAGAUAAGUUAUUCCAAAGUAGCGUCGAGGCUUUCGUUAAGCGUGAGAGUGAACCCGAGCUUGACAGUGACGGUAAUUACGGUAUUCAGGGAACUAUUAUCUUCUUUCAAAUGAUUACUCAACAAGUCACCAUAAUCUCACAAACGAAUAACCCAGAGGUUGUUAGUACUGUUUUACGGUCCAUUAUGUAUGUAAUGCAGGCGAUGCAAGAGCAUUGGAAAACUGUGAUGAAAACAGAACUUCAGAAACAUCUGUCGGAUGCUUCAAGUGCUCCUCCGGGACUAAUGGAAUACCUCUUAGCUUUAGCUAAUGACAACCUUAAAUGUGCAGGUUUCAUGGACAAUACGCUUCUACGUACAUUUGAGUUGGCGACGGAUAGUCGCGAAGAAGACCUUCGUGAGUCUUUCGGUAAAACAGUAGAUGGUUUCAUUUUACUUAGCGAUAUUGGUGUGAAUGAAAUCGUUGAAAUAAUUAGCAACGAUGUGAAACCUGCUCUUGCUACUUUAUUCCACCCUGGAUGGUAUCAAUCCAGCAAUAUGAAGCUGAUUGUCGAUACAUUUAGAGACUACAUUGUGGAUUGCAUAGAACAUAUGGUACCUGGCCUAUUUGAUGUUUUCUUGCUUGAAUCUUCCAACGCACUCACGAUCAAUUAUCUUCGUGGAAUUUAUAACAAAGGAGUUACAUUCGAAGGUCCAAGUGCUAUUCAACAAAUACGAUCUGAUGUCGCUCUUGCUAUUCGUGCAUUUGGUGAAUAUAUGGCUGCUGAGCACCUAAAAGCCACCUUUGAACCCAUAGAAAAGUUACUCCUCGGCAUGCUAGAUGCGGAAUUGGGAAGUGUUGCAGAUUAUUUUCAUCUUCUGAAAGAAUCUUAUUGGGAUGCUCCAUUAUCGUUAGUUGAAAUGAUUCUUCUACACAGGACUGAUCUUGACCGGACAACCAUUCGAAAAAUGGUUGAGAUUGUUAGACAGGAAAAUGCUAAGGUUCAACAUUAUUCUUCGAACAAGCCAACAAUUUUCUCUCAAAUUACGCCAGUUAAUGCAACACCUCUUUAA